GCCCUCCGUGAGAGAAACCACCGAAGAUUUUAGUUGCAGCUCCGACGCUCGACCCGGCGGGUUCAACACACUCCGCCUUUUGACUCAGUUCUGAAUUCAAACAAUAACAUGCGAAUCCUUUCAAAUGCUCGGCGACUCGCGAGGGUGUUGAAGCCCCCAGCAAUCCUCCUCCAUUCACAACACCGAUUGCUCUCUUCUCAUGUACUGCCUCGCUCUUCUCUCCAGUGUAAACCCUGCAACAAUGCCUCCUCAGGGCGUGUCUAAUGCCACAACAUGCGAUUUAUUCUAUGAUGUCAAGGAAAUCUUUCUCUACAGAAGCAGGAACCAUCACUGGCAAUUCAACAGGAGACACUGAAUCACUAUGGAAAAUAGAAAAAUUGAGAUCCGAGACAGUGAAGCAGCACAAUGUUUCCAGUGGGUUUUCAUGUGCUAAAGGUUUCCUGCUAGAACGCAAGCCUCAAGAUGCUGCAAAUAUCAUUCAAUUACUUAACCAGACUUCACCCGACUCAAAAAAGUCAGCUAUCAUGGACAAACUUGAGAAGCUGGUAAACAAGUGGCCUUUUGAAGUUAUUAAGCAUCAAAAAGAGGACAGGAAGGCAUUGGCUGCUUCUUUAAAAGCUGAUAUUCCUGCCAUGGUGGUCUAUUAAGCUCUGGUUUAGCAGUGAGUGUAAAUUUGGAACAUAUAGACAAAAACGAAAUUCUGUGUUGACGCUUUGGAUAUCGGAUUUUACCUUCUGAAGCUCUGCGGACACUUGCUAGCAUGCUUGGCUACUCCUAAAUUGUUACAAGGAUAUUCCUAAAUUGUUACAAGGAGUUAAUACGCUUUGAUUUCUCAAUUCUCACGGCACACUGCUAGACCCGUUGCAAGCGUCAUCCAAUUGGAAAAAAUUGUGUUUCUAAUUCUUUGCAAUGGAUGUAAUUCAACCCUGUUAAAUCACUGGUU